AUGGCUACAGCAAUAGUAGAAGCUACUCAACGUAACGGUCGAAGCGUUCCGUUUCGCGUUCUUCUUGAUAGUGCGAGCGAGGUCAAUUUUAUUUCUCAAGCAGCACAUAAUAAGCUAGGUUUGAAGCGAAACUAUGUCUCAGAAAUAGUUACGGGAUUAAACGAAGUAGAGAACAAAAUACAUUAUAUUUGCGAUGUUCACAUCAAGUCUAGAUGCUCCAAUUUCGAGAUUAACGCCGAGUGUUUUAUUGUUCCCAAGGUUACGAAGGAUUUGCCAUCCAUGAAACUAGAUCGUAACAAGUUAACAUUGCCAAACAAUCUAAAAUUAGCUGAUUCCGAGUUUCACAAGAUCGGUCCGAUAGACAUGUUAAUCGGCGGAGAAUUCUUUUACGAUUUGAUGGAAGACGGCAAAAUAGAGCUUGGAAAAAAUCAAUUAACUCUAAGGAAUACUAAAUUUGGAUGGAUAAUCGCGGGACCAAUAUCGGCUGCUUCGGUAGUUUCAAGUAUCAAACAGAACACGGUGCACGCGUUAACCUGUUCAUUGAAAUCUCACGACGAUUUAAACGAAAAUCUAGAAAAAUUCUGGGAAUUGGAGAAUUAUGACAAGGGAACGACACGAUUAUUAUCAAACGAUGAGAAAAAAUGCGAGCGAUAUUUCGAACAAACUACUAUACGCGAUACUAACGGUAGAUUUAUUGUAAUGCUACCAUUUCGAGAUGAAACCCUACCUAUUGGCAAUAACAAAGAAAUAGCACUUAAAAGAUUAAAUUAUCUGGAACGAAAGCUUAAAGGCAACAAGGUAUUUCGCGAUUGUUAUAUCAAUUUUAUGCAUGAUUAUGUUAAACUAGGACAUAUGUCGAUUGUAACCGAUUCACAUAAUGAACCCCAGAGAGUGGUGUAUUUACCUCACCAUGGUGUGCUAAAGGAGUCUAGUAGUAGCACAAAGUUGCGAGUUGUAUUCGAUGCUUCGGCAAAGAACAACAGAGGCGUGUCUUUGAAUGAUGCUCUUCUUGUUGGGCCGGUAUUACAAGAUAAUCUAAUCGAUAUAGUGUUGAGAUUUCGAUUCUCUGAAAUUGCUUUGACAGCCGAUUUGCAAAAAAUGUUCCGGCAAAUACUAGUUCACAUUUCGGAUCGUGACGCACAACGUAUUUUAUGGCGAUUCUCAACUGAGGAGCCCAUACAAGAGUAUCGUUUAAAUACCGUCACUUACGGGCAAGCAUGUGCCUCAUAUUUAGCGAAUAAAUGUUUGAGACAAUUAGCUACAGAUAGCGCGGAACGAUAUCCAUUAGCGGCAAAUGCUUUAUUGUACGAUACAUACGUCGAUGAUAUAAUCUCCGGUACGAACACCGUUGAAGAAGCGCAAAUCUUGUAUGAACAAUUGACUAGCUUACUAUUAGAAGGCGGAUUCACAGCGCACAAGUGGUGCUCGAAUUCUGAAGAAGCCCUGGAAAAUGUGCCAAUACAUUUAAGAGAAUCUAGUUCGACUUUCAACAUUGAUGCGAAUGACGUCAUUAGGACACUAGGAAUCGAAUGGAAGAUACAGACGAGUUUCAUUUCAAGGCGCAAAUCGUGGCGCAAGCAUUUACGAAACGCAAGAUACUAUCAGCAAUUAGUAAAUUGUAUGAUCCUCUAG